CCCGCCGGGGCCGGGCUGCACGAGCCAGGCUCCAGCUCCUGCAGCUGCUGCAUCUGCUCUGAUUUCGGCGCAGCCCGCCGGGCUCCCCAUCCAGUAGAAAGCAGCAUGCCCAUUGCCAAACACCCGCGGGCCGUCGAUCCUCUGUGGUUUGAAUGGGACCGGAAGGCGCAGAAGUGUGGACUGAGACACCAGGUCUAUGCUGUCAACGGUGACUGCUACAUGGGAGAAUGGCUGGACAACCUGAAACAUGGGAAAGGCAUCCAAACCUGGAAAAAGACCGGAGCCAUCUACCAGGGCGACUGGAAAGAUGGCAAGCGUGAUGGCUAUGGGGUCUACAGCCUUCUGGACCCCGUGACUGGAAAAUACAAGAGGAUGUACUCGGGCUGGUGGAAGAAUGACCAAAAAUGUGGCUAUGGGAUCCAAUUCUGCCACGGCCAGGAGUAUUACGAAGGGGAGUGGGAAGCAGGGCAACGCAGCGGCUGGGGCCGGAUGUACUACGGCAACGGGAACAUUUAUGAGGGCGAGUGGCUGCUGGACCGGCAGGAUGGGCAGGGCAUGCUGCGUCUGGCCAACGAGAACCGCUACGAGGGCUCCUGGCGGGGCGGCAAGAAGAACGGGCCCGGUUGCUUCUUCCACCUGGACAAGGGGCAGCUCUUCAAGGGAUUCUGGGUGGACGACGUGGCCAAGUUCGGGACCAUGAUAGACUUCGGUCGGGAGGAGGCACCCAAGCCCACCCAGUACCCCAUCCCUAAGAUUGAGCUGCUGGAUCCAGACAAGGUGCUGGAAGAGGCCAUGGCCAGAUUUGAGGAAGAGGACUGAAGAGCACAGCAUGGACGCUGUGCCCAGGCAGCUACGGGAGGGAGGACAGAAGCCCACCAGGCAUGGGAGCAGCUCCUCUGUAUAGGCCACCAGGAGACUUCUGUAAAAUACAUCCACUCCAGCUCAG